UAUAUUUGUAAGUCUCUACAACUCUCGUGGUGGGUGGCCAACAGAAAUUUGUGGUUCUGUUCCUUGUUAAACCUCUGUGUGUGUGUAUCCAUGUUUAGGGGAAGGCUCCUCUUUGCUGCUGGUUACAUAAGCCUUCUUGUUCAUGUUCUCUUUUGUGUAAAUUGUUGUAAUUCUUCUUCUUGUGGAGAUAUCCAUAACAUCACUUUCCCCUUUUGACUCAAAUCCGACCCAGUUGAUAAUUGUGGAUACAAGUUUGUGGAACUUGAGUGCGAAAACAAUCGGACAGUAGUAUACUUGUUUUCUGGUAAAUACUACGUGCAGGCCAUCAACUAUUAUGAAACUGGCUUCGGCUCCAUCAGCCUGGUGGAUGUGGGGAUACAGAGGAAUAAUUGCUCUUCUCUUCCUCUUCAUUCUUUAACUCCUUAUAACUUUACUGAAACAUUAGAUCCCAUAUAUUACAGUACUGAGAAUUCAGAAUCAUUUGUAGCGUUAGUGAAUUGUGAAAAACCAGUGAAAUCUCCUAUCUACAUAGACACUACUAGUAAUAUUAGUACUGCUUUCUGUGAAAACAAAGGAGGACGAGGAGGAGGUGGAGAAGGAGGAGUCAGAGGUUCGUCAUCGUCGAAAAAGCAUUCAUACGUUCUGGUCGCAAGCUACCAUUCUCUUGAAGGCCACUAUUCUCUUGAUUGGUCAGAUGUUGCAAACUUAUGCAGCGUCGACAUGCUUUUUCCGAUAAGGCCGUUCCAGCUUCCAGAUGAUCGUUUACGUAACAUGACGAGCUUGUUGGAGGUCCACAACGCGUUGGCUGAUGGAUUUGAUCUUUACUGGUAUGUCAACAACUACGAAUAUUGCAGACUUCAGGCGCAUUGCUCCUCCAAUCAUACUCAAAAUUACACCGCCGCCGUUUGCCAUGGUCUACGUGGGUUUUCGGCCUUUCUAGCUGGCUGGAAAUAUUUCUGGAAACAUAGCUUGUGGGAUCAGUUGGAUGCCGACUUCACGCUUUUAAGGCGGUGUGUCUUUAAACUUCCAGAUUCAUCGAUUAAUCCUUCGGAUUGUCAAUUUCGUAAUUGGGGUUACGAUCUCAAAAUCGCAGGGGUAAUCCUUUUGGCAAGAAUUCUAUUUGCCUUAUGUGCGUUUGCAUUUUUAAUCCGUAAGUUUAAGAGAAGGCAUUUAUCGAUGUUCGAUAACAUUGAAGGUUAUCUACGAAGUCAAAAUCGCCUCAUGCCAAUUAGCUACUCUUACUUAGAUAUUAAAAAGAUGGCCAAAGGUUUCAAGGACAUGUUGGGAGAAGGAGGCUAUGGUUCUGUCUACAAAGGAAAGCUUAGAAGUGGUCAUCUUGUAGCGAUAAAAGUAUUGGGCAAGCCCAAAGCCAAUGGACAAGAAUUUAUCAAUGAAGUUGCUACCAUAGGAAGGAUUCAUCAUGUAAAUGUGGUUCAGCUAAUUGGAUAUUGCGCAGAGAGAUCUAAGAGAGCUCUUAUAUAUGACUUCAUGCCAAAAGGGUCUUUGGAAAAGUAUAUAUUUUCUCAAGAAGGAUAUAUACCAUUGAGUUGUAAGCAAAUGUAUGAGAUUUCUCUAGGAGUGGCUCGCGGGAUUGAAUAUUUACAUCGGGGUUGUGACAUGCAAAUUUUGCAUUUUGAUAUCAAGCCUCACAACAUUUUGCUUGAUGAGAAUUUUACUCCAAAAGUUUCCGACUUUGGGCUUGCAAAAUUGUAUUCAACUGAUGAUAGCAUUGUGACUUUGACUGCAGCAAGGGGGACAAUGGGUUAUAUGGCUCCAGAGUUAUUCUACAAAAACAUUGGAGGCGUUUCAUAUAAAGCUGAUGUUUACAGUUUUGGAAUGUUGUUGAUGGAAAUGACUGGUAGGAGGAGGAAUUUGAAUGCCUUUGCUGAUCAUACAAGCCAAAUUUACUUUCCUACUUGGAUUUAUGAUCAAUUCAAAGAAGGAAGGGACAUAGAAAUGGGAGAGACUAAUGAGGAGGAAGGGGUGAUGGUGAAGAAGAUGAUAAUUGUGGCUUUGUGGUGCAUACAAAUGAAGCCUAGUGACCGUCCUUCGAUGAACAAAGUUGUAGAAAUGCUUGAAGGGAAUGUUGAACAAUUGCAGAUGCCUCCCAAACCUUUUCUAUGCCCACAAGAGAUGCCAACUGAAGAUAAUAAAAUUGACACAAAUCCUACAGAUUUGCCUAUGCCAUUAGGUGAAUGUAGAAAUUCCAUCACUUUGAAUGUAAGUGAACCUUAAAUGGUUUCAUAUCAAAUGCUUCAUAUUUAAGUAAAUUAUAUUUGUUGGCAUCCUCUGUUGCUUAUGUAUUAUUGAGGCAGCCUUAUUAAACAUAUGAUGGGGAAACUAUAUAUGCAUCAUUAGAUUAAAUUUUUGUACAAAAACUUAGUAUUUCGUUUAGAUAGCUUCCGUUGGAUUGCA